UUAAUUUCAUUUUCCCAAACGUCAUUGGUUGUUAUUAUUGACAUGUGCAUUUCCUUUGUGGUGGUUUCCCGAAAGUGAAGCAGACUAGGCUUUUCCACGAAAUCGCUCAAUACUGGGAAAUGGAAGAGUCUAUAUAAAAGUACAGAGGAAACCUAGGGGAAACAACUGAUGAAAAUAUGAAGAAGUCUGUGAUAAUUUGCAUUUAGUUAUUGAGUUAGAGUUCUUAUUGGACCAUGGCUGUCGCAACUACGACCACCACAACUGUUCAACACCAAAAUAAAACUCAAACUUUUAGAACAACCCAGUCUCAUCACCAUAAGAGAAAACGCAGAAGGCAUACGAGUGAAGUCAGCAGUUGUUUGAAAUAUAUGAUUUUCACAUUCAAUGUUAUUUUGUGGUUCUUUGGCCUACUGGUUCUUGCUGUUGGGUUAUGGGCUUGGACUGAAAAAGACACUUUCAAUAAUUUAGGAAAAGUAGCCAAUAUAUAUCUAGACCCUGCUUUUGUACUGAUAUGUAUUGGUGCACUGACUUUUCUAAUAGGUUUCACUGGCUGUGUUGGGGCUCUAAGAGAGAACACAUGUCUGUUAGGAAUGUACGCCCUCAUUCUAUCCAUACUCCUUCUAUUUGAAAUGAGUGCUGGCAUUCUAGGAUUCAUUUUCAAAGAUUGGAUAAAAUCACAAGCAUCAACGGGCUUCCAGACCUUCAUUGUGCACUACAGAGAUGAUCCUGACCAACAAAAUUUAAUAGAUUGGAUACAGGAAGAAUGGCUUCACUGUUGUGGAGUAGAAGGUCCUAAAGAUUGGGACUAUAACCAAUAUUUCAACUGUUCCUCAAGUGAAGUUGGGAGUAGGGAAGCUUGUGGAGUGCCCUUUUCAUGUUGUAAACGUAAACCCAAUGAAGCAAUCAAAAACAAACAGUGCGGAUAUGACGUGAGGAAACCAGGAUUUCUUUCUCUCAUUUCAAUGCAGACAGGAGAUAGGAAUAUAUUCGAAAGAGGCUGCCUUAGGGCAGGUGAAGAAUGGAUAGAGACCAAUUUAGUGCCUGUAGCUGCUGUUAAUGUUGCAGUAAUGGUACUCCAGAAUCUCAAUGCUUCUCUCAUUAUAAAUGAGAGGGGUUGUUUGGAAGCAAUUGAAGAGUGGAUGGAGAGGAAUAUGAUACCAAUAGCUACAUAUAUUUUUGUUUACUUCUUUUUCCAUAUAUUGGGCAUCUGUUUCGCUCAAAAUCUUCGAGCUGAUAUUUUCGCACAGAUAUCCAAAUGGCGUCACUGACAAUCAAGAACUCCCACUGCAGUGUAAUGACCUGCGUGGGAGUAUUUAUAUUUUGUUCGAAUAUUUUCUUUUUUCUAUAUAGUACCUGUAGGGCGUUUUGAAAAGACGAUAAAUUUCAGAGAUGUUAUACCUCAUAACUUAACCUUCAGAGUUGUUUUGCGCAGAAUUGAAGAAGAAUUGAGUUGAUUUUUGGGUUAUAAUGCCGAUUUGUUACUUGAAUUUUGAACUGAAAUCAUAAAGAAAAAACUGUUCCUUCUUGAUCCAAAUUUGAAUUUAAAAUUACACACAUCCAGUAAAAUAAAUUUCGGGUUAAGUUGUCAUGUUGGAAUUUUGACAGGAUUUCUGUUGAGCUUUUUGUGAAUCUUUUAUCACAUGGUAUUAUCCCUUACUCUGAAAGAUUUUAAGAAGACUAAUUUUUAAAUCUCGGUGAUGAGCCAAUGAUUUUUUCAAUUGAAUAAAUCGUGUUUGUACAGAGGUUAUAAUUGAGUGAAUUGACAUUUUUAGGGCUAAUUGAACACCAUUCACUGGUGAUUUUAUUUUUGUAAAAUUGUAAUGUCGACAAUUACAGAAUAUUAACUCGUAUGGUUCGCAGUCUUUUGUGAAUUUGACUAUAUAUUGUGGGGUUCAAAAAUAUCCAAGAUAUAGGAAAGAACUCUUAAGUGGCUUUGAAUAUUGUGUUCUACGAUAUAAAAACGUAAAAUUAGAACAUUUUCAAAUGUUCUUUGAAUUCUAAGUCAUGAACUUGAAAUUUACCUAAGGCUUUUGAUAUUUCUGCAAUUAAUACUGUUGAAAUUCAAGCUAGUGUUUUCCAACCAACAUAUAAUAGAAAGUAGUUUAUAUACGAGUCGUUUACAAUUCAAGAUAUAUUUCUGGUUAAAAAAAUACAUGAAUAUCCACAAUCUGAAUGUUGUUUUGUGCAAUAAGCAAUAACUACAUCAAACUCUGGGUGAAGUGCAAAAAAAAUCUUGCUCGGGAGUGUAUCUUGAAUCUUUUUAUACAAAAUCCUGUGAGGUAAACGAAUUUGAACUUUUGUGCGAAAGUGUAGUAUUUUUAAUGAUCAUGUUUGUUAGAUAUGCCCGGAUUCGUAUUAAAUUUUAUAUUUAUCGACAA